GCGGUGGAAGGGUGGAUUUGAUAUGACGUCGAAUUCACUCUUUCUGUCUGCGUUUCAGGUGCUACCGGGCGCUUACGACCGAGGAGGGAAGAUUCUGGGUCCUCCACCGAAGACGCGACAAUCGCUCGUCUCCCUGUCGGGGAUGGGAGUGUCCGAGAUGGUACCGAACACGCCUCCUCUUCCGGGCAGGUCGACUUCUCAUGGGUUGCGGACGAGCCCUUGGAGGAGGAAUCAGACUUCUGUGACGAGGCCAUCAUUGCUUACGCUAUGGUCGAGACCAUAAGCCGGGAGGAUCCACCAAACUGGUAUUGCUGCGCCCCCAAGGAAGAAGACCGCAUUUGCCAUCAUUUCCCGGGGAAGCAGUUCACCAUGUAUGAAUUUGCUUUCCGUGAGGCGGGGAUUAGACUGCCCUUCAACUCCUUCCAGAUGUCGGUCUUCAAGUGGCUCCGGCUGGCGCCGUCCCAACUACAUCCUAAUGCUCUCGCAUUUAUGCGGGCAUUCGAGUUAGUUUGCCAGUUCCUCGGCAUUGGUUGCACCCGGGCUCUCUUCUUCCACGUUUUCCAUCUCCAGAGGUCCGGUUCCCGUGGUCGCCACAGUUGGGUUUCUUUCAAGCAGCCCGUGCGUCUGUUCAAGACGUACGAGGAUUCUGUUCGCCAUUUCAAAAACCGGUGGUACGUGGUGAUGCCGAUUACCCGGGCUGCCCUUCACUCUCUAUACUACUAUCAGCGGAAACCCAAUGGGGAGGAGACGCUGAUGUCGAAGAUACCGCUGAGGUGGCAGCGUGAUCAUUUCGAUCUCUCCACGGCGCAUUACCGAGUCAAGUAUGCGAUGCUCGGCGAGGAGGAUAGGCUCGCGUACAAGAAGCUGGUCGAUUACGUGCAGAGCUUCAGCUUGGGGUUCUGGGCGAAUCGACAGGGCGUGCCCUACCUGGAUGAGGCCGGGGAACUAAUCACCGAGGCGCGUUAUAUCAAUACGAAGGCUCUGCUCGAGUGUGAUACCGAGGAGGAAGCUCUGGCGUUAUUGAGUGCCAUGCCCAAUGCUCGUGAUCGGGUGCUGAAGCUAGCGAAUCAGGUCGGCGCUCCUGACCGGGUGCCCAAGAAGAAGAAGAAAACUGUGGCCCGUCCCUUGGAGACUGCUGGCGAUGCCGGGGCUAGUCCCUCGCAGGCGGCGAGCGUGAUUCCUUCCUCUCCUCCUCGAUCUAACCCGAUCAACAUUCCUGAUAGCAGUCCGUCGCCAGCGGCUUCUCCCCUCCAUAAACGGAAGCGUCCGGCUGGGGCCCUUACCAGGUCGUCUCCAGGAAGUUCGAAUGGACCGGGCAGCUAUCUUCUACCUCCCUGCUAUGUGGAACGGUCGUUCUUCAAGGCCGAGGAGUCGAUUGCUGUGCCUGCGCCUGAGGCCAAGGCUAUUCUGGACCAGGAUGUUGCUGCCCGGAGGAAAGAUCUGGCCAGGGAUAUUGCUGCUGUCAUCCGGGUGAUGGAGACGGCCAUGGUUUUGACCGACACUUCGGUCUCCACCGCCUCGCUGGAGGAUGCCCUUUUGCAGGUUCGGACGGAGAAGGAAAGACUAUCUAAAGAUCUGUCGGACUACAAAGAAGAGCAUCAGCUGCAGGAAGGGCUGAGCCAGAAGCUGGAGGAGGUGGAAAAGGAGAGGGACCAGUUGAAGGCUGCUAAGGCGAGCUUGGAAGAGCAGGUGGUCGACCAUCAGAAGCUGACCGAGGACAACGCUGGCCUACGGGCUCAGGUUGAGUCUCUCGAGGGAAAGGUCCGUCCUCUGGCAGAUGAGACCGAGGAGGAACGCGCCCUUGGUUCGCGCGGUGAGCUGCUAGGGCAUAUUCGGACUCUCAACCAAGAUCUCGUGGCCUGCUUCAAAGAGGGUUUCGACAAUGCUGUCGAGCAGCUCGGGCUUCUGAACCCUGAGUUGGUGACAGUAGGGUCGGCCUAUAACUGCUGCGUCCGGGAUGGUGAGAUUAUCUGCCCGUUUGAAGCGGAGGAGGAGCUGGGGGGAGAAGAAGAAGAAGAGGAUGAAGAGGUGCUCCGAGCGGAGUCUUAGUUUAUUUGUUUUUCUUUGAUUUUAGUUAUCAUGGCCUGCGUGCCUUAUGUAUUUGGCCUUCGGGCGUUGUAAUAUGGCCUUCGGGCGUACUUGGCUUCGGCCGCUCUUAUCGUUUUUAAUGUAUGAAUAUUUACGUUAUCAUUCA